CUGACAGUUGGCAGGACGGUAGGAAGAAUUGUCAAUGUCAAGUUAGUUUGAAAUUGUGAUUAAUUAGUACGGAAUUCAUUUUCGAAAUCUUCUGGAAUUCUGUGCACUUCACUUGCCUUCUCUCUAGGUUAUACUUUAAUUGGAAACUUAAUAACCUAUUGUGAUUACAUUAAUAUGUACAGAUUAAAAUUAACAGCCCUAGGACAUCCAAACCCCAAAAGCUUUGACUGUGAAGACGUCAAAGAAUAUAGGAGCGUAGUUCUUUGGCUUGAGGACCAAAAAAUCAGACAUUAUAAAAUCGAAGAUAGAGAUGGUCUUAGAAAUAUCGACUCUGAUAAUUGGCAGAAUGCGUACGAUUUAUAUCAAAAAGACUUAGUGAGUCCUGUUGCUGAUGGAACACCGAACGAACAAUUAAAUUGGCUUUUAUCCUAUGCUGUAAGAUUGGAGUUUGCUGAUAAUGUUACUAAAUACAAGGCAGUAAAAAUUGAAGAACCUAAAAAGGUAACACCUAAUGUUGUAUCAUCCAAUCCUCUUGACAACCUCAAUUUUUCAAGUCCGGCAUUUGUUAAUGGAGUGGAGAGAGUUUGUGCCUUAAGCGGGAUUGGACCUCAUCCUGAUCCCAAAUUUAGAAUUGCAGCUUUAGCAAAAGUCUUGAAAACAUCACCCCAUCCUGAUUAUCCUAAUACAGAAGUUAGUGUUAUUAAACAGCCAAAAGAUGUCCUCGAACUUAUUUUCAUCCAGAACCUUAGAGAUUUACAAACAAGUAUAAACGAAGCUUUAGUGGCUGUACAAACUGUGACAGCAGAUCCACGCACUGAUACUAAAUUAGGUAAAGUUGGUAGAUAACCUUACAACUUAAAAAAAAUUAAAACCAUAAUGUGCAUUAAAAUCUCAAUAAUAAUUCCUGAAAUAGUAAC